ACUUCUGCAGGGACUCUGUCUAGAACCGUCCCCUCACUAUGGUGGGUGACUUCCGGUGGGCAUGUGCGGGAGAUUUCUCUGCAACUGGCCAAGGCGACCUGGGAACGGACUUGGAGGUCAGGGUCCAGUGUUGAAGGAGGGCUGGCCCUGCUUUGUGGCCCCCGAGUGGCCCUGGGCAGCACCCUCUGGCAGGAGCUGCCACCCUUGGGAGUCUCCCAUCCAGCUGUGAGAUCCUGGCUCAUGCCGGCGGGGUGCUGCCAGGAGGAAGCCGGGGGCAGGACCCUUUCGGGGGGCCUGGCUGGCGCAGCAUGCAGCGCUCGAGCAAGAUGGAGUUCUUCCAGAAGCUGGGCUACAGCCAGGAGGACGUGGCCAGGGUGCUAGGCAAGCUGGGCGAGGAUGCCCUGGUCAAUGACGUGCUGCAGGAGCUGAUCCAGACGGGCAGCCGGCCCAGCGCGCAUGAGGGCAGCGCCGCACCCCUGCUCGUGCCCAGGGGCUCCUGCGGGACCCUGGACUCUUCCCAGUGCAGGCUGGGAGCGGACUCCGGAGAGGACAGCGGAGACCCUGCCAGCUCCUUGAGACCCAUAGUGAUCGACGGCAGCAACGUGGCCAUGAGCCAUGGGAAUAAAGAAAUCUUCUCUUGCCGGGGAAUCCAGCUGGCCGUGGACUGGUUCAGGGACAGAGGACACACCUACAUCAAAGUUUUUGUCCCCUCCUGGAGGAAAGAGCCACCGAGGUCUGACGCCCCGAUUAGAGAGCAGCACGUGCUGGAGGAGCUGGAGAGGCAGGCAGUGCUGGUGUACACGCCCUCCCGCAAGGUGAGCGGCAAGCGCGUGGUGUGCUAUGACGACCGCUACAUUGUGAAGGUGGCCUACGAGCUGGACGGCGUCAUCGUCUCCAACGACAACUACCGUGACCUGCAGAGUGAGAACCCCGAGUGGAAGUGGUUCAUCGAGCAGAGGCUGCUCAUGUUCUCCUUCGUCAACGAUCGGUUCAUGCCUCCUGAUGACCCGCUGGGCCGUCGGGGACCCACCUUGAGCAACUUCCUGAGCAGGAAGCCAAAGCCCCCAGAGCCGUCCUGGCAGCACUGCCCCUACGGCAAGAAAUGCACCUACGGCAUCAAGUGCAAGUUCUACCACCCGGAGAGGCCGCACCAGGCACAGCUGGCGGUGGCCGACGAGCUCCGCGCCCAGACGCGGGCCUGGCGGGGCGCGGGCGGUGAGGAGGAGCGGCCGGGGAGCGCGCGCGCGGCCAGCCUGGCGGAGCAGGGCGGCUCCCGGGACGCCCCCGCCGCCCGGCCCGGCCCCCGGGAGCCCGGCACGCGCAGCCUGCCCACCGCGCGGCGGUCGGCGGGCGUGGCGACUCUCGAAAGCAGCUUCUCGCGGCUCUUCCUGAGCGACGACCCGGGGCUUCUCCGGGCGCCCCCUCGGGGCCCUGGCUGCGGCCUCGCGCCCGCGCCGCCCGGUCCCGAUUGGGUGGCGCCCGGGUCCUUGUCGUCCCUGCCAGCCCCACCCGGCCUCCUGAGCCCGCCCGGCCUGCGGGGUGGGUAUGGCGCCCGCGCCCCGCAGAGCGACCGGCCUUCCCCGCGCCAGCAGCCCGGCAACCCGUGGGUCCUUCCUCCAGGCGCUGGCCAGCUCCCGGGCCGCUCGGCCUGGGCCGAGUCGGACUGGGACGACGGUGCCUUCGGGGGGCCCUUGAGGCCCGCGCCCCUGGCUGUAGCUGGCGAGGUGGACGCGCGCGCCAGGGCGCGCACCUCGCUCUAUAGUAUGUUCCCGCCCCGCGAGGUGGACAGCAUCAUGGCCCUGUUCCCCGAGCUCUCCGACGUGGCCAGGCUCAUGCUCCUCAUCCAGAGAUUCCAAAGGUCCAGUGCGCCCGUGGGGAAGCGCUGAGGAGCUAGUGGAAGCCACCGCGUGUAAUGACCCAGUCUUGACUUGUACCCUAACUGGGCUGGUGGUGGAGAUCAGCCUGCACCCGGGCCUGCCCACCCUGUGGAGCCAGCCCCUUUUGCUUUAAAGAUAGUUCCCUGGAGGAAGCCAGCUUCAUCACCUUUUGUGGUGCCCAUGGUGGGCGCUUGAUGACACAGGGCCUGCUGCUGAAAGUCCAUGUCCUGCAGAAUAAGGUUGACCUUAACUGGCAGGAGUUAUUUCUCCUGCCUGAAGGCUAGGAGGCCCACUGCAGCCCCAAGGUUUUGUCCAGAGCACUCCAUGGCUGUUUCUAUCUAGCUACACCUGGGAGCCCUAAGUUGGUCACAAGAUCAGUUUAGUGAGUGAUACCUGAAAUAGAGUGAAAUAGGAAAUUGCAGAGCAUACCCCACAGGCUAAGUAGGAAAUUCUUCUGUUAGCUACCAGUGUGCUUGGUAGCCAUAUAUAUUUUUGGCUUCCAUGGACAGAGGAGUCUGGCUGGCCCAUAGGGUCACAAAGAGUGGGACACGACUGAAGCAACUUAGCACGCACGAACACACACACACACAGCCAUGUGAACUUAAUGUGGGUCAUGGGCAAAAGGGGGGAAAAUGGUAAAAGGCCUUGGAUUUCAUUGCAGCAGAUAAAAUUUGAAAUCUGUUGUCAAUUGGCCAGUGGAGAUGUUGGCCAUAUGAGCUGUUUUUAACCUCUGAGGGGAACCCCGAGUUCUAGCUUCCAUGUAUGGGCCCUGCUUGUCACUCUGAGAUUGUGUGGCUGUGCUGGUUUGUGGAGGUGUGGCGGGUCACUUGGUACCCGGCCCUUACACCCAAACACCCCCCACUUGACUCAGGGCUAAGUGUCCUCAUUUUUCAGCCAGCUGUCCAUCAUGGUAGUUUCCAGCCCAGGCCCUCUACUGGCCAAGCCUUCUGAGCCACACCUCACAGCUGAGCCCAAUCCCAGUGAGUUAGGACUUUUGCUCAGAAACCUCCAGGGGGAUCCGAGGAGCCCUCGGACGAGCCUCUCUGUCUGUGAGGUUUCUUGCCACCUCAGCCAUUGCUGUUUCUCCUAGCUAACUACUGCUUUUAGUUUGGGGAGGGGAGAUGAGGCAGUGCUGCCAGGACGCAGCCCCUGUGUCCUCCGGGGCGCUGGCAGCUCCGGGUGACAUCCACCCAUUCACUCCGGGGUACCAGUCCGACUCACAGAUCUUGGCUGCUUUGUUCCUGAGAAGACUGUGAGGCACCUCCCAGUGGAAAUCCACCUCCCAGACCCCGGCAAGACUGCAGACUGGCAAGCACUCCCAGGGUGUCCCUGGAGAAUCUGCUUCUGCGCCCUUCAGUGUGGUCAAUGCUGCCUUUAGAGAUACAGAGACGAUGUAUUUCCUGCAAACCCUUUCAUCUUUUUAAACCAGAUUCUUAGUGGGGUUUCAGUCAGAGCUCUUCCUCGCCUCUUUUUUUCCAAAGAGGAAACACACAAAAUUGUACCUUAGUAUUUUGAGACCACGGUCCUAAAGAAGACCCAGUCUUUCUAGACAAAUUGGAUUUCCCUCACGGUGGUUUUUGUUUUCUUUUUGACAAGACAAGCUUUCUGGUAGAGCUGCUUUUGUCUCUUGGGUCUAUGUCCUGACUUGGAAUUGUUGUGUUGCUGAUAUACAGUUAGGACUGUUUAAACUGCUUCCUUUGAGGACAGGUUUGAGUUUUAGUAAGCUGUAAAGCUAUUUUAUUUGGUUCACUGUGAUUAAGACAAGCACAAAAAUACGUGAAGAAACAGCACAUUUCAAUGUAAUCCCCUUUGGAAUUUUUUCCAAAGUCUUGGUAUGUCUUUGUGACACAAAACAUGAAUGGGAUGGGAGGGAAUAAAAUGUUCCUAGUUGCAUAGCUGUUAUUGUGUUCCAAGAAUAAAUCAUUUUUUUCCAGCA